AAUUUUCCUGUGGGAGCUCACAUUUGAAGCCAAACUUGGCUUUGUGCUGGUUAUACUGGGGCCAGAGGAACAAAGCCAUCGGUUUCUUCUGUCCUUUUCAGGAGUGCUAUUCGUUCCUAAAAACAACCAGCACCCCAAGCAUAGCACCAUCCACCCCACCAUCCAUUUAAUCGGCUCUACUUAACGAGUUAAAUCAGGUGGUUAAUGAAAUAGAAUUGUCGACCUCCCUUCACUAUGCUUAUUUUUUUUAUUUAUUUUUUUUUUUUUACCUUUACCCGAGUUAAUCUGGGUCAGCAUCUUUCCCUCCUAGUAAAAGGCAAGAAAGAUGUGCCCUUCAUUUGCCCUAUGUGGCCCCACGUUGGGGGCACUUUGUCCACUUGGUGAUGGUGUGGAUCAGGUAACAUGGGGCCUCAGGUAACUCAGGUGACAUGCCCUUAUGUGGACAGAGUGCGAACAGAACAGCACUGUGCACCCUCUGCAGUGUACUCUUCCUGAAAGUUCCAGCCCACUUAACAGUUGUCACCACUCCAGGUCGCCGAAUCUAGCACGCCCUUUAAUUGGGCUACCCCAAUGUCACAGGUACGGAGAGGCUCGGUCACUGACGUCAGCAUCUGGGGAAGGGGUGGCACCAGCACCCUGCACCUUCUUGAGGCUUACCUGGCCCAGGGACCCUUCAGGGUGCCCGUGUGCCUGGCAGCUACGACCACCUCUGCCCGUGGUCCCCCGAGGCCUCCGCUGCGGGGCAGCCAUCUUGGCGAGGGGCGAGGGGAAGUGCUCACCUGCCGCCCCGCCCCUCCUCAGCGUGCGCGGCGCCGCUUGUCAAGGAGGGCGGGCGAGGCCCGGAUUACGGGGUCGUGGGGUCCUCCAAACUGGAUGGGAGGGCGUGCACAAGAUGCAGGCGAAGACACCGAGGGUCUGGCCCUUAGGGAGAAGGAACGACGGAGGAAUGGGCAGAAGCAGCUGGUAACAGUCCCAAAUGCCACCUCCACGUGACGUGACUGCCUUCUCCCUGCCACACCCCCUGCUCUUCCCAGGCCUCAACUCUACUACCUACUUUCCGAGCGGUGUUCGGGCCCACGCCCAGGGGAAGAGCGGCCCCACCGCUCCAGAGCUCCCGGUGUGCGCAAACCCGGGGCCGCGUGGCCUAGGCCGGGCAGGGGGCGGGGCAAGCGGCGGUGACGCGACCGUUGCCAUGGGAACCCACCGCCCGCUCAGGCGCAGGAGCCGCAGCCCCAGCCGGUGCUGCCGCCCGCCGCCGGCUGCCCGCUGCCCGCCUGCCCGCUUCGGGCUCUCCCAGCGGGGCGGUAGGGGAGCCGGGCUGCAGGAAGGGAGAGAGCAGAUGCGGCCUCCGAGCCGGAGCGGGUCCCGCAUGACCUGAACCGAGGCCCCUAAGCCGCCGCAGCGACCGCGAGGAACGAGGACAAGCGCGAAGCAGCGCCCGCCUGGCCCCGGACCGCGCGCUCCGGCCCGUCUCCCAGACACGGACGGCACGGUCCGCCCCGACCCCAGCGCCGCGCGGUCUCAGCCCAGCCGGCGACCUCAGAGCCUCCGCAACCUCCGCGGGCCCCGAAGCUCUUUGCCUUCGCCUUCGCCGCCGCCGCAGCCGCCGCCCCCGCCCCCGCCGCAGCCGCCGCAGCCGCCUGCACCUCUGCCACCGCCUCUGCCCCCGCUCCGUCCGCGACCCAAGCCCAGGCCCCGACCCCAGCCGCGACCCCGCCCUCGGCCCCGCCAACCUCGGCCGCGGCCCGCGCCCCGGCCCCGGAGGCCCAGCCGUGGGUACGAUGCUGCCCAGCUCCAUCCAGAUUUCGGGGGAACCGCUGUCAGGCGCCGAGGUGCGGGACAUCUGCCGCGGCCUGCGCGACAACGCCGUGCGCCUGCUCUCACUGCGCGGCUGCCGCCUCUGCGACCGCGACUUCGGCCGCAUCUGCCGGGCCCUGGCCGGGGCCACGUCCCUGGCGCAGCUCAACCUUAACCUAGGCGUCGUGUCCAGUCCCAGCCGCAUCAAGCAGCUGGCAGAGGCGCUGCGGACCAACCGCUCCAUCCAGUCCCUCUUCCUACAUGGGAGUCCCCUGACAGAUGCAGGGCUGGCCUUGCUGAACCCAGCCCUGGCCCUCCACCCUGCCCUUGUGGCUCUGGACCUGGGGGACUGCAUGCUGGGUGAUGAAGCCAUCAACCUCAUCUGUGGCCUCCUCCCCCCAGAUGGAGCCAAGUCAGGCUUGAAGGAGCUAACGCUGAGUGCCAACCCUGGCAUCACCCCUAAGGGCUGGAGCCGCCUCGCGAUUGCUGUGGCCCACAGCUCCCAGGUCCGCGUCCUCAAUCUGGACUACAACCCCCUGGGUGACCAUGUGGCAGGGAUGCUGGCUGUAGCUGUGGCCUCCAGCCGCACCUUAGAAGUCCUAGACUUGGAGGGCACAGGGCUCACCAACCAGUCAGCUCAGACCCUGCUGGACAUGGUAGAAAAUUACCCCACGGCUUUGCGGAGCCUGGUGUUGGCUGAGAACAGCAUUAGCCCAGAGCUGCAGCAACAGAUCUGUGACCUCCUCUCAGAGGGAGAGGAGGAGGAGGAGGUGGCGGGAGGGGCUGGCGACACCCAGGAACGAGAGAGAGGGCGGGAGCCUGCUGCCCACCAGAGGAGCAGCAGCUCCUGGAUGUGCCCCAGUGAUCCCAGCUCUCAGAUGGUGCUCAUGACUUCAGGACUCGGUGACAGUCUGUUGGCUGAGACCGAGAUGUGACUCUCCACUUGGGCUUCUGCACAUCAUUACAUUUUGUCUAUGUCCCCAGCACCUUGUCCCAAAUAUCAGGGUCAGGCCCUGGGGCCUGGGAGGGAGGGAGGGUGGGGGGUGGCUGGGGCUCUGGUAGCUCCCGGCAGUGGUGGGAAGCUCUGGAAGCUGACUGAGCAACAGCCUCGGGGGCACUUGAACCCAAGGCAACGCCUCUGGACUUGUUGGCAGCUCUGGCUGCAACCCGCUGGCUCGGAAGAGAUUUUAUUAACUCUACAACCUGGUGUGUGGCUGUGGUCCCUGGGGGGCUGGCAGUAGGGGAGGAAUUGGAACUAUUAGACACUAGGGGGCAGUGCCACCCCGCAGCCCAAGUUCCAGGCAGCAUCCACUGGCCCCAAAUAUCUAACAGGUCAGGCUCAGGUCUCGGACUUCUAGGACCUGGGGUCCUGGGGCGACACCUUACACAGGCCCCCCGUAAGAAUCGUAACUGAGGCAAAGAGACCGCCUCCACAGGUGGGCUGGACCCUACCUACCUCAAGGGGAGACUCAGGGGCCCUGCCAAGGUCACUUGAGGUGCACCUUCUCUCACUGCCUGACGCUCUGUGGCCACGGACAUCCCAAGCAGAGAAGGGCAGGGGAGACUCACUAGCAAAGAGCAGAAUUUGACUAGAACUGGGAA